AUGGAGCAUUGGCUGGCUUCUUUAUUGGACCAAGGGGAUGAUUGGGUGACGGAUAAGGUGCUGACGUUAUUGUAUGCGGUUUGGGCACGCCGUAACCUGUGGGUUUUUUAUCACCGCUGGUUAACUAUGGAGAAAACGCUGAUACGUGUUGCUGCUAUGGAAGUGGUGGCCUUGGACUCGUCGGUGGGUGAUGCACACGACCUAUUGCGCGGGGAAAGACAGGAUAAAUGGAAGGGACCUGCUGCUGGAAUUGCAAAGAUCAACACUGAUGCAGCUUUCAAAGCUGGUGCAACAGUUGGCAUGGGCGUGGUGGUUAGGAAUGCGGCUGGGGAAGUCUUGGCUUCAGCUUCUGGCAAGCGUGGUGGUGCUGGUUCAGCAGCUGUGGCGGAGGCCAUGGCUUUGAGCUGGUCUCUUGAGUUAGCGCUGGAUAUGGGCUUUCAAGCCGUGGUGGUUGAGACUGAUUGUGCAGUUUUGCAUGGAGCUUGGAAUGUUGCUGCUAGUGAUCGUUCCUAUAUGGCAGCGGUGAUUCGUGAUUGUGUGGAUUUGUCCCGUUUAUUUCGCUCUUUUGAAUUUCUUUUAAUUCGUCGUACUGCAAACUUGGCCGCGGACUUUUUGGCUAAGUUUGCAUUGUCUUCUUUUUGCAAUGUUUGGCUUGAAGAAUAUCCUCCGGGUUUGGAGAGUAUUCUUAUCUCUGAUGUAAGCUCAAGUUCUUCUUAA